GGCCAGGCUGAACUAGCUAGCCCAGUAGAGGAGGCCCAUUAGCCCAACAACACCCAGCAGUUACCAGUCCUCUGCCCUCUCUCCCGAGCCGGCGGCGGCGCAUGGGCGGGAGCCUCGCCCAGCUGCUCCUCUCAUGCCUCGCCGGCGACCGCCUCCGCCGCGUCCUCCCGCCGGCGCACGCCGUCGCCGUCGUCUCGGGCCUCCUCCCGGACCUCUUCCUCGCCAACCUCCUCCUACGCGGCUACUCCAAGCUCGGCCGCCUCGGGGACGCCCGCGCCCUGUUCGACGGUAUGCCGAGCCGGAACCUCGUCUCCUGGGGCUCCGCCAUCUCCAUGUACGCGCAGCACGGCCGCGAGGACGACGCGCUCGCCCUCUUCGCCGCCUUCCGGGGCGCCGGCGGCGAGCCGCCCAACGAGUUCCUGCUCGCCAGCGCCCUCAGGGCCUGCGCGCAGUCGAGGGCGGCCCGCUUCGGCGAGCAGGUGCACGGCGUCACCGCCAAGCUCGGCCUGGACGCCAACGUCUUCGUCGGGACCGCGCUGGUCAACCUGUACGCCAAGGCUGGCCGCAUCGACGCGGCGAUGUCGGUCUUCGACGCCCUCCCGGUGAGGAACCCGGUCACCUGGACCGCGGUGAUCACGGGGUACUCUCAGGCUGGGCAGGCCAGGGUUGCAUUGGAGCUGUUUGGGAAGAUGGGGCUCGACGGCGUCCGGCCCGACCGGUUUGUGCUGGCGAGCGCCGCCAGCGCCUGCUCUGCGCUUGGGUUUGUAGAGGGCGGCAGGCAGAUACACGCCUACGCGUACCGGACAGCGGCGGAGUCAGAUGCGUCGGUGACCAACGCGCUGAUCGAUCUGUACUGUAAGUGCUCCAGGCUCUCGUUGGCUCGCCGGCUGUUUGAUUCCAUGGAGAACCGCAAUCUUGUGUCGUGGACGACGAUGAUCGCUGGCUACAUGCAGAAUUCGCUCGAUGCUGAAGCCAUGUCCAUGUUCUGGCAGCUGAGCCGGGCUGGGUUGCAGCCGGAUGUUUUCGCCUGCACAAGCAUCUUGAACUCGUGUGGCUCUUCGGCAGCGGUAUGGCAAGGAAGGCAGGUACAUGCCCACGCCAUAAAGGCUGAUCUAGAGUCCGAUGAAUAUGUCAAGAAUGCUCUGAUUGACAUGUAUGCUAAAUGCGAGCAUCUAGCAGAAGCGAGAGCAGUAUUCGAAGCCUUGGCAGAAGAUGAUGCGAUUUCUUACAAUGCAAUGAUCGAAGGAUACGCAAGGCUGGGUGACCUUACAGGAGCAGUCGAAAUAUUCAGUAAGAUGAGAUAUUGCUCACUAAAGCCAAGCCUACUGACAUUUGUUUCGCUGCUUGGGGUGUCGUCGUCUCGGUCUGACCUUGAACUGAGCAAGCAGAUUCACAGUCUCAUCGUCAAAUCAGGAACUUCGUUGGACCUAUAUGCAGGGAGUGCUCUGAUCGAUGUCUAUUCAAAGUUUUCCCUUGUGGACGAUGCCAAAGUUGUGUUCAGCCUGAUGCACAACAGGGACAUGGUAAUCUGGAAUGCUAUGAUUUUUGGCCUUGCGCAGAAUGAGCGAGGGGAAGAGGCUGUGAAGCUCUUUACCCAGCUUCGCGUCUCCGGGCUAACACCUAAUGAGUUCACGUUUGUUGCACUGGUGACUGUGGCAAGUGCUCUGGCAAGCAUGUCUCAUGGACAGCAGUUCCAUGCCCAGAUCAUCAAAGAAGGUGCAGACAGUGACCCCCAUGUUUCAAAUGCUCUCAUGGACAUGUAUGCAAAGUGUGGCUUCAUCGAAGAAGGACGGCAGUUGUUUGAGUCAACAUCGGGAAAGGACGUCAUCUGUUGGAACUCGAUGAUUUCGACAUAUGCGCAGCACGGUCAUGCCGAGGAAGCUCUUCGUGCUUUUGGGAUGAUGGGAGGGGCUGGAGUAGAGCCGAACUAUGUGACAUUUGUCGCUGUGUUGUCAGCAUGUGCUCAUGGAGGCCUUGUGGAUGAAGGCUUACAGUAUUUUAACUCCAUGAACACCAAAUACACGGUUGAACCGGGCACCGAGCACUAUGCUUCUGUGGUCAACCUUUUUGGUCGUGCAGGCAAACUGCAUGCUGCCAAGGAGUUUAUCGAAAGGAUGCCGAUUGAACCAGCUGCGGUUGUUUGGAGGAGCUUGCUGAGUGCCUGCCAUCUGUUUGGUAAUGUUGAAAUCGGGACGUAUGCCGCUGAAAUGGCACUCUUGGCGGAUCCUAUGGACAGUGGCCCCUCUGUUCUUAUGUCGAAUAUUUAUGCCUCUAAAGGACUGUGGUCUGAUGCACAGAAGUUGAGACAGGGGAUGGACUGUGCUGGCGUUGUGAAGGAAGCAGGAUAUAGCUGGUGAAGGAGAGGACGAGAACACACAGAGGCAGAAGUGAUACAACAGCUUGUCCAAUGACUGACUAUCUGGCUAGGUACUACUUACUGAAAGAGACCAGAGUUGGAAUGACUUGAUCAGGUCAAAUGCAAAAUUUCCGACCGCGCAUGUUCACUGUGGGCUUGACAAAUGCACCCAGGCACUGCACAUAGCCAUGCUUAACUCUGAUUUGAAGGUUCAGUGUUGUUAGCUACUCAUGAGGAAAAUGAUUUUUCAUUGGAUAAUAUUAACUACUGCUUAACUAGCCAAUAAUACUGGAACAUUAGCGUGCUCUGAUUCAGGUGAACUUGUUCCUGAAAAAGUGUAUUAGAAGUUGCUAUUUAUCUAUCUAAUAAGAUAAAGGCGCGCUGGAGGGUACCACAUGGUCCUUUUCUACUAGACUGCGGCUCCAGCGAGGUCGAGUGCCACGUCGUCUGAGCCAGCAUGCUCACAGAGUUCAUCCUUGAUGGCGAUGGCUGGAUGGACUUUGGCGAUGUCAGCCUCGUCGACGGCUACUACAUGCCCCUGCCAUGUCGAUCACAAUAAGCGCUGCCCCCUGUGAGCUCUGCUCCAGUUACGAGGACACCAUCUCCACGUUCGCUUGCAACCACACCAACUACAGCAUGACCUUCUGCCCACAUUCCAAUCCAAACAGGAAAAGCGAGGAGAAACUUGCAGAAAAAGUGAAGAAUAGAUUGAGCAUUUAUGUUCAGUGAAACAGAAAGGAAUUUCUUUUUGUGGGUGAAACAAAAAAGAAUCUAUCCAGCUUGCUGCGGCUGAGUUGUGUAAAUUUUCUAAUGCAGCAUAUGGGGAUUGAUAUGCUGAGUACGAGUGGUUACAUGUAUUCAGACAACUGGACAAGGAGCAUGGGAAGAAAGCUAUAAUUUUCGGUCUUCUGCCUAUAGCUGAAUGGUUCAGAAGCAAAGUCCAUUUUGUGCCAUCUGUAGCUGCCCUGGGGUCUGCCCUUUUGGCUGCAGUGAAGGCAUAAGCAACAAGUAGAUCAACAGGAAGAUGAAAGUAAGCCACGUAGUCCGACCCCCUUGUUACAAGGACGUGCACCAGGUCCUAGGCCAGCCAUUCUGCUGUCAAAAGGAUAAGCUGUGCUUGCAAAAUCUCGGAGAAUGCUUCAUAAACUGCCCGUGCAAGAUUAACUGCCUGCCAUCAGUAGCAACACAGCACCACAUGAUACCAACAUCUAAACGCGCAUAGACUGUAUUAAUCCUAUGUUCUUGCUAAUAAUGAAACUAAAAUUGUAAGCCAGUACAUCACUUUAUGUUGAUGUCAUGCAAACUGACAAAGAAACCUACACCAUCAUGUCAUGAGUACUUCUAUAAAAGAUGCCUGUGAGAUUGUACCUUUGCAGUUUGACACUGCCGGAGCGCAAUCUAGACAACAAUGUGUCUAAGAAUGAAGGCAAUAAAGAAUGAAAGUACUAAUUAUGCUGUGCAUCCUAAAAUUGCGGUUAAGCAUUUCAACAAUGAAAAAAUAGCGA